CCGUAGCGGGAGGGAGAGACAGAACAAGAGAAAGGGAACGAGAGAGACUAGCUUCUUCAGUUCUUAAUCCUUCUGUCCCUUCUUCCCUCUCCGCGGGACUGACGUGGACUGUCGGAACCCCCGCCAAAGCACGAGGAGGAAUCCCAUCACGACCACCGAUCUCCGUCGGAAACCAACGGUGGUGGCGAGUGGGCAUGGUUUUGGAGGGUAGCUCGGAGGCGCUGUGUCCCCCCCCAUCUCUGGAGCUGCGCCCAUCCUGCAACAAGAGCCAGCCCUCGCCUCUCCUAGGCUCCAGUUCUCGUCUGGACGGAGUCUUUCCUGAAGACCGCGAGCCCGUCACCUAUGGCGAACUCAUCGUCUUGGGGCACAAUGGCUCACUUGCCAGCGGGGACAAAGGUCGCAGGAGAAGCCGUCUGGCCCUUUAUAAGAGACCCAAAGCCAACGGGGUCAAACCUGACGUCAUCCACAACAUCUCAACGCCUCUGGUGUCGAAGGCACUUAGCAACAAAAGCCAGCACAGCAUCUCGUACACACUUUCUCGCAGCCACUCCGUUAUUGUGGAGUACACGCAUGACACCAACACAGACAUGUUUCAGAUCGGGCGCUCCACAGAGAGCAUGAUUGACUUUGUGGUGACGGACACUUCCGGCGGGGGCGGUGGAUGCGCCGCCGGAGAGGGGGGCGGAGGUCAGUCGGCGCAGAGCACCAUCUCUCGCUACGCCUGCCGCAUCAUGUGUGAGCGCAACGCCCCCUACACGGCUCGCAUUUACGCCGCGGGUUUCGACUCUUCGAAAAACAUCUUCCUAGGGGAACGGGCAGCCAAGUGGAGGACUUCGGACGGCCUGAUGGAUGGCCUGACCACCAACGGGGUGCUGGUCAUGCACCCGGCGGGGGAGUUUGUUUCCGAGCCGGCUCCGGGUGUCUGGAGGGAAAUCUCCGUCUGCGGCAACGUCUUCGCCCUGAGGGAGACCCGCUCGGCCCAACAGAGGGGCAAGUUGGUUGACAACGAGUCCAACACCCUGCAGGACGGCUCCCUGAUCGACCUUUGCGGUGCCACGCUUCUGUGGCGGACUCCCGCCGGCCUACGCCACACGCCUACUCUGAAGCAGCUAGAGUCCCUUCGCCAGGAGCUGAACGCCGCCCGACCCCAGUGCCCCGUGGGUUUCAACACUCUGGCCUUCCCCAGCCUGGCGCAGCGCGAGAUUGUGGACAAGAAGCAGCCGUGGGUGUACGUCAACUGCGGCCACGUGCACGGCUACCACAACUGGGGGUACCGCAAGGAAAAGAGCCCCGCUGGGCCGGGAGGCACUGUGCCGGCCGCCACCGGGGAGCGGGAGUGCCCCAUGUGCCGGCGGGUGGGCCCCUACGUGCCGCUGUGGCUGGGCUGCGAGGGCGGCUUGUAUCUGGACGCGGGGGCGCCCACUCACGCCUUCUGCCCGUGCGGUCACGUUUGCUCCCAAAAGACGGCGGUGGGAUGGAGUCAGAUCCCGCUACCGCACGGGACACACGCCUUUCACGCCGCCUGCCCCUUCUGCGGGACCUGGUUGACGGGCGAGCAAGGCCACAUUAAACUCAUCUUCCAGGGCCCCGUCGACUGAAGCCGACCAAAGUGGUGCCUUGAGAUACGACUAACUCGCUCGUUUCUCAAAAGACUUCCCAUUGAAAUCAAUGGAAAUGCAACCAAUACGGUCCAGCCCUACCAAAAAUGAUCAACCUGCAAACGAGGAAAAUGCAAGCACUAAACACGACUGUACGAUCCCUCCGCGUUGUUCUUCGGUGCCCGUUGGCGUUCGGCAAACCAACUUAACGGCACAUGACUGCCACCUAUUGAUCCUGUCCUUCCACUGCACGGGAACCAAUGUGCAUCGAUGGCGCCCGGAUAGUCUUGGAUCUAAAACGACGAAGAGAUUAUCUCGAUGAACCCACAACUCAUGGCACCACUGUAUCACUAUGUUAGCUAAACGGGAAGUGCGUUCCGCCAGACCGAAGCCCCACGUGGUACUUCAUGUGUGCUGUAUAUGCAGAAUUUGUAAAUAAAUUGUGUUGACACAGGCGUGA